AUGUUUUCCAGCAUCCCUGACCACACGAGGACCGAGGACCGGACUGGACUGGGGAUGCGAGAACAAGUGGACAAGGGAGGACAAGCAACUUCAGAACCAGCCAACUUUUGCUCCUCAGAGCCAUGUAAGAACGGAGGGACCUGCAGAGACCUGGAAGACGGCUACCUCUGUUUGUGUGUCCAGAGUCCCGUAGCUUAUGCGGGAAGGGACUGUGAACUGCUAGCUGAGCCAUGCGAUGGACAUCCUUGUCCAUCCGGGUGGAGCUGCCGUGGGGCACCCGGAUCCCUCAAUUACACUUGCCACUGUGGGUCAAGCUUGGCAGAUGCCUCCUGCGGAAAGUCCCAAGCGGAUGAGUGCACGGCCAACCCUUGUCCUCAACCUGGUUUUGAGUGUGUCAACCUCCAGGAUGGGUACGGUUGUCACUGCCCGAGUGGAAACCAUUGCCUCUCGAGGCCUUCCAUUUGCUCCAGUCAACUGUGCAACAACGGCACCUGUCUGGAAAGCGGCGGGACCUACGCGUGCCAGUGCCUGCCUGGUCAGGCUGGUAGCCACUGCGAGGAGGAGGUCGACGAGUGCGCCUCCAACCCCUGCCAGAAUGGGGCCAUCUGCCUCGACCGCGUCAACGAAUACAGCUGCUUUUGCGUGCCUGGGUUUCAGGGCUACCACUGCGAAAUGGACAUCAACGAGUGCGCCUCCCGACCUUGUCAACACAACGGCACCUGCCUCAACCAGAUAGACCAUUACGUUUGCCAGUGUCUGCCCGGCUACGCAGGUGUGAACUGCGACGUGGAGAUCAAUGAGUGUGAAUCCGCUCCCUGUUGGCAUGGUGGCACCUGCUCUGACCAUGUUGGCUUCUUCACCUGUUCCUGCCCGCCGGGCUACCGAGGAACCCAGUGCGAAGUGGAUAUUGAUGAAUGCCAAAGCCAGCCUUGUCUUAAUGGAGCUACCUGCCAGGACCUGGUGAACAGCUACCAGUGUGACUGUCACAACACGGGGUUUGAAGGACAGCACUGUGAGGUGGACAUCUUGGAGUGUGCCUCACAACCUUGCCAAAAUGGAGCCCCUUGCUUGGAAGGAGCUGGAUUUUACAACUGUUCUUGCUGGCCAGGGUACGGGGGAACCAACUGCGAAGAAGACAUGGAUGACUGUGCAACACACCCAUGUCUCAACGAUGGAGAGUGCCUCGAACGGUCCAAUCAGAGCUACUACGGGAGACACGUGGAUUUCCCCGAGCAAUUUAGCUACGAAGCAGCCGCUGGUUUCAUCUGCAGUUGUCAUCUCGGUUUUGAGGGAGAAACCUGUUCCAUUGACAUUGAUGAAUGUGAAUCUGAGCCGUGUAAGAACGGAGGGAACUGCGUGGAUCUGGUGAACGGCUAUCACUGCGACUGCUUGCCAGGAUAUUCAGGGAUCGAAUGUGCCAACGAGAUCGACGAAUGCCAAGAUGACCCUUGUGAAAAUGGCGGUACCUGCGAAGACACCAUCGCUGACUAUAUCUGCCGUUGCACCUUCAACCCAGAUGGCGUCUCCUGGGGUGGGAAGAACUGCUCCGUGGAGCUCACGGGGUGCGAGGCCCACAACUGCCAAAACGGGGCGUUGUGUGUCCCCACCUUCCAACGGGAGGCCCACGGCUACCUGUGCCAAUGUCCUCCUGGAUUUUAUGGGCCCACCUGCACCACCCCAACCACCUUCUCCCUCACGGACAACGGCUACCUCUUAAUCAACGCAUCGGCAGAUGAUAAGAACACAAGUGGCCACGGAGCCAGCGUGGCUCUUCGGUUCCGGACCACCCUUCUCAAUGGCCUCCUUUUCUACCGAGGCCACCAAACCGAACAUCUACUCCUGGAACUCUACGCUGGCCUUCUCCAGGUGAUGCUCUUGAGCCAGGAGGCCAAUGUAUCUUUCACCCUGGAGGCACCUCCGGUGAACGAUGGCCACUGGCACAAGGCGGAGGUCUCUCUGCGGGAGUCUCUUGAAUUCAGGCUGUGGCACGAAGCUUGCCAAGGAGGCAUCUGCCUGUUCAGCCACCCGCUUGGCGAGACCACCCCUCUUUCUCUACUACCCUCAUUUCUGAAUAUCUACGUUGGUGGGGUUGAAGAGACCUUAACGAUCAACUGCACGAGACACUUCACUGGUUGCCUGGAAGACCUGCAGAUUGACUCGAAGAUACUCCUACCAGAGGACGUGGAAGGUCUUCAGCUUCCUGGAUUUCAACUGGGUUGUGAGAGAACGGAGUGGUGCCAGUCUCAGCCUUGUUCCCACGGGGGUCAAUGCGUUGACUUCUGGACAGACUUCCGUUGUCACUGCUCCCGGCCUUACGAAGGCCACACUUGCUCCUACGAGUCACCUGCAGCCACAUUUGGCCAGGACAAUUCUUCUAGUUUUGCCACUUUUGAGGUUCCCAACAGCCUCGGACCCAAUUUUAACCUCUCCUUUUUUAUCCGGACACGGAAAGCCAGUGGUUUCAUCUUCCAAAUCGGCAAUGGGAGCGACGUUUUCCUUACGGUCUACCUGAAGGACGGGAAGCUCCGGAUCGAGUCGCCGUCGGCUGCUUCGGUGGGGCCUCCCGGGAAUCUGGCCGAUGGCACCAGACACUUCGUGGCGCUCUCCUUCCGCGAAGGCUUUGCUUGGGCCAGCCUCCUAAACCGAGAAGAAGAAGAGCUGGGAGAUCUGGCCGUCGCCUUUCUGGCCGCUAAUUUUGAGAUCCACGUGGGCGGGCUCCCCCACCAAGAAAACCUGGAGUCUUGGGGAGGCCCUUUUAAAGGCUGCCUGCAGGAUAUCCAACUCAAUCACCGCCAGAUGCAGUUUUUCCCUCCUCCAGAUAACGGAAGCCUCCCACAAAACGUGUACGUGGGGCGGAACCAGAACGUUGUUCCGGAAUGCCUCUCAGAUAAUGCCUGCAAGAAGGAGAAAGAUCUGGAGAACAAGACUAAGGAAAGCCAGCAAGGAUUUUCGCCAUUGAUUGAUCUACUGAUCGACACGCUAGAGAGGACGAGUCUCUAA